AUGGAUAAGGACUUGAUAAUUGAUUACCAUUAAAAUGCAGAAACAAUUCGAUAAUACCUAAAUCAAACUAGAAAAGCACAAAAUGAGAUCCUACUCAAAAGCUCUCCUCAUUAUUUUCAUUUUCAAUCAUCCAAAUAUGGAAUUAGAUCGCCUAUUCAAUUAAAAAAUCCUCUUCUCAUUAAAUCCUUGUUUUAGACCAAGAAACACUUUAAAGAGAGAGAAACCACACUUCCUAUUUAUACUCUCAAGACCUUGCCCGCUUAACCAAUCCUUUCAUUUUAAACUGAUCGUAUUCACAGCAAAUGUCCUGCAUUCAAAAACUUUCCAUUAAAAUCCGGAUUAAAACAAAUGCGAAAUUCCCCUGAAGAAUACAUUAGAAUAGAGACAGCACCUGCUAUAUACAACUCCAACAAAUCUAUUUAAAACCUCAAUUUGUAAUGA